AUGUUGCCGCCAUUGAUUCCAGCUGUAGUCCUACUCGCGUUCUUUGAAGAGGAUUGGCAAAGCGUGAAUGUUGUCAGCGAGAACAAUGGCAUUGAAGGUGAUAAAAGUCUCCUUUCCAAGCUAUCCAAACUGCUUGAAUUGUAUCUGUCACAGUCUGGUGGCUUGACGUUGGCUAGGAAUGUUCAACUUAAUUUAUCCCACUGUCGGCCUGAGGAGCUGCGGGGCAAGCACUUUGGGAAGAACGCGACCUAAGUCAGCUUGGAUGUCAGCCACAACGACUUGUUGCCCAUCGACUGCUCUCUGAAGAGGCAGUGGCCCAAUCUCGUUUACGCCAACUUCUCAAGCAAUUCAAUAGCCCGUGUGCCGGAGUUUGAUGCCUUCAAGAAUUUCAAGCACUUCACACUCUUGGAUCUACUCACCAACGAACAGGAGCACAUUAGGAGCACGAUUGGCUCGAAUGCCAACCUGUGGUACUUUGCCAUUAGCAACAGCAAUGUUGGAGGUGAAAGCUAA